AUGCAGGCAGCAAUGGGUACCAUGGAUUACAUCAUUGACAAGGUGUCUGCAGUUCAUGCGCUCGCGCCAUUAAUUGGUCUACUGAAGCUGAAUGGGAAGCUGGUCACGGUGGGUUUGCCUGACAAGCCCCUGGAGUUGCCAAUCUUUCCCUUAGUUUUGGGGCGGAAGCUUGUAGGUGGAAGUGACAUAGGAGGGGUGAAAGAGACCCAGGAGAUGCUUGACUUUUGUGCCAAGCACAAUAUUACCUCAGACAUCGAGCUGAUUCGAAUGGAUUACAUUAACACUGCGAUGGAACGCAUUGCCAAAUCUGAUGUCCGGUAUCGGUUUGUGAUCGAUCUGGGGAACUCCUUCACUCAGUAG